GAGUAAUGUCAAUAUUGUCAAUGUCAGUGGUUAACCUCAAAAUGUGAAAAUGAUCAAAAUCAAAUAUUUUGUUACAAGUGCUUAUUUAAGAAAUGAAUCCAGAAUCUUAUUCAAAUAUCUCAUAAAACAGUGUGAUAAAUUACCAACGGGGCCUAGAGAACAUUAUCGUUUUAUGGUCAAGCAGAGUUUCAAACAACAUGUGAAUGAAAAAGAUCAAGAACGAAUUAACCAAAUUAUACAACGAGCAUAUGAAGACUCCAAGUGGAUUUUGAAAAAAAGUAUUCCUGUAAGUAAGUUCAAGGAAAUAUUCACUCCAUCAGCAAUUCUAUAUGAAAAAAGGAGGUUAGACAAUUUCAAAAACAUUGGUGAAGAUUUUAUCAAAAAUAUUAUAGAAUGUUAUGACAGAAAUGUAACUUUAAUACCAUAUACUGAACAAAUGUUCAAAGAAGAUUCUACAGGAUUGUUUGUAUCAGUUAGAAUAUUGUUAUCUAAAAAAAAUAUCAAUCAUAAAUCCAUUGAAGUAGUGGUACUGGACAAAAAUACCAACUCUGCAAUAUUCACAGCAGUAUGUGAACCUGGUGAAUCAGUGCUGGCACCUCCUUUCAUAUAUGAAUUGGAACUAAAUGCUUCUAACUUCAGAAUUAACCUAAGAGAUUAUGAAGAUGCUGAAAGUACUCAUGCAGAAUGGUUAGCUGACAAAUUAUUUCCAAAGCUCCUGAAAUGGUCUGAAAUUGAUACUGAAUGCAGAAGUACUGUAAAAUGUUUGUCACUGAUACCCAUUGAUGAAUACUGCAUUUUGUAUAGUGAACUAAAACAAAAAUAUGCUGAAAGCCUGCACAAAGAUUGGCAAUCAAGAGCUGGUACAGAUCCUCAAAAAUAUAUUCAUGAAGAUUUGGGGAUAGCUGCAUAUUUGAUUUGUUUCUGGAGGAAAUAUGCAUUUUCAUCCAUCAGUUUUGUGGAUUGUGGCUGUGGAAAUGGUCUUUUAGUUUAUGUCCUGAAUCAAGAAGGUUAUGAAGGUUAUGGAAUUGAUAUCAGAAGAAGGGAUAUCUGGGAUUUGUAUCCACCAGAAACAAAGCUAGAGGUUGGUACUAUUACCCCAGAUUCAUUGUUCCCAGAAUCCACAUGGCUUAUUGGCAAUCACUCAGAUGAACUGACACCUUGGUUACCAGUCAUAGCUCUCAGAAGUUCCCCCAAAACUAACUGUUUUCUCCUUCCCUGUUGUCCUUUUGAGUUUAGUGGUCAAAAAUUCAUCAGAAAAAAUACUUCAAUCAGUGCUUAUGCUGAUUAUCUCCUGUAUAUUGAAGAAAUUUGUAAGAAAUGUGGGUAUGAAACAAAAUUAGAUAAACUGAGGAUACCAUCCACUAGAAAAAGUUGUUUGGUAGGUAUAAGGAAAGGUUGUGAUAAUGAUUUGGGCCAUGUGAAUUUACAAGUAAAUUGCUAUAUAGAAAGCCAAAUGAAAUCUCAAUUCAAACCAAGGAGUGUUGUUGAAGAAGUGAGAAACUGUACCAAAUUAAAUAGACAGUUCAUAAGUUAUUUAGUGAAUGUUUGUGUUAGUUUUCUACUUGAGGAAAAGAAUAUAAUUUCAAAGCAGAAUGGGGAUAUUUGGAACAAAGGUUCAGAAUUAUCAAUUUCAGACAUUUCCAAGAAAGUGUCUGUUGCAGAUCUGAAAAGUCUGAAAAAUCAAUGUGGUGGUCUGCAGACACUUUUUAGAAAUCAUAGGUAUAUAUUUCAGGUAAUUCAAGGCAUGGUUAUCCUCAGAAUACCAUCUACUAUUGAACAAGUGGGGUAUAAAUAUAUAAAAAAACCUUGUUGGUUUCAGAAAAACCACCCAAAUGGUUGUUUCAAUUCUAGGGAAGAAUGUGCAUAUGAGCAUUCAUGAAUGAACAAUUUCACCUUAGUAAAUUGGAAUGGAAUUAGUUGGAAUGUACCUGGGAAUGUACUAAGAACUGAAAAUUUAAUAAUUCAAUGUUUUCUUCAACCUAAUUGAAAAGGCAAUACACAUAAUACCAUAUAAAAUAAAUCUCAAGAUAAAUACCUUUUGUAAUUAGUUUUACCAGUUUUACACUCGUUUUACCAACUACCAAUAUGUAAUGUGAAAUAUUACAACACUGAUCGGGUACUUUACGGCACUAGUGACAAAUUAACUUUAAAGGAAGAAAAAAAAUCAAGAGCUGUGAAUUGUUGAGGUCUAGAUCUUACAGUAAUGUUUCUGUAUUUUUUGUUUUCUAUUGAUUUCAAAUAACUUUUAUUCCUUCAUUUUCUAAUAAAAUUCCGAAAUUGUUAUUCUAGAAACGAAAAUAAAUGGUCCCUCAGGGGGUUAUAGCCAUCUGUAUAGGAGCCCCAAAUGAAGAUUUUUGUGACAAAGUAAUCACAUUUUUUACAUUCACCCUAACUUCUUUUGCACAAUCCAAAAGUAUCAAGAAUAUUUCGAAAUUUUGAUCGGGUUCAUAUAGUCUAAAGGAGGUGCUAGAGGCACGUUUUCCAAAAAAUUUCUUGUUUAUUACAUUUUCGGCAUUUUGACCAGGAAAUAUGAAAAUUCCGACAGUUUUACUUGAAAACUGUACUCUUGUUCAGUUCUGAUAGCAUUCACAGUUUUCCAGAUGAAUAGAUUUUAAAAUAGUGCUGUGAAACUUCUGAAUCGUUAAUGCAUGUACAAAAUAAAGUAUUGCUUUUUCCAU